AACUGGGGCGUCUUUUCAUUCAGCGUCAUCCGUAUCCAAUAGCGGGGCAGUUGUUGAUGGGUAGCAGCGGGCUUAUUAUAAACAACAAACUGAGGGAUCUUAUCAGCAAACCUGACACCGCUGACCCACCAACAAAUACACACAGGCUCUAUUAGAUAACAUCUUUAGGAGAUCUUUAGGAGCCUAUACCCUGGGGGACUCAUCACAAUGGCCCUGCUGAAACUAACCUAUGCAGGUCAGACAGCCGGGAGAGCACAGGAGUGACACUGCAUAUUGCAGGGUAAUCAAAUAAUUGUUUGGGACCUUUCUGCCAGGUGACUGGACACAGACGUUGCUCCACCCAUCUAGGAAACAAAAAGGAACAUCUCUGACAUUACUGCAAGAGUAUUUAAAGAACUACAGGUGGUUUAAACCAGAUUUCACCCGGAUACAAUCUGAAGAGGAGAUUCUCACACAACUGAAACAUUUCUGUGUUGUGAAAUGAGAACUAUAGCGUGUAGUCUGUUUGCCUUGGCACUGCUCUGGAACAGUGUGAGAGCUGAAGAUAUCAUCAGCAGCCUGCGGGCAGCAGGAGUUGCCUGGGAGGGGGAGCUGCCAUGCAGAAAGUGGGACUGCGAAUGUGCAUUCACUCGGCAGCGAGGUUGUUGCUGUGCAGCCUAUGAGCUCCAAGAAGUGGAGGAUCAGAUCUUUAUGAGAAUGAAGGACCUGUCCAACAGAGCGUCCCAGCUGGGUGACAGCAUCCUGGAACUCAUAGGAGGGAUAAGGGUUGCAUUCACCGCCUCCAUGAGCCCCAGAACAAACUGCCUCGGACCUUUCACCAGGAAUCGGCCAAUUCCUUACGAUGUCAUCACCCUCAACCACGGAAGUGCAUAUAAUCCUGCCCUGGGUUUAUUCACAGCGCCUCUUUCCGGACUUUACUCCUUCUCCUUCUCCGUCUACUCCAAGGUGGGCGGAGCAGGGGAGCGGAUGUACUACAAAGUACAACUCAUAAGAAAUGGAGAACCAGUUACCUCAACUUGGGAGGACAACAGGGAGGAUUCAGAAGACAGCAACUCCCAGACUAUACUGCUGUCUCUGCAGCAGGGAGGCCAGGUUUAUGUAGAGCUGCUGAAUGGCAGGCAGCUUUGUGACAAUGCUGAGGGUCUGAACACCUUCGCUGGCUCUUUGAUUUAUCCCACUCUGGCUUAAUACUGAUUUACCUGUGACCUUGAAUGUGAUUGAAAAUAAAAUACAUAAUUUGCAGCACUGUAGCUGCAGUUCUGAAA